CCCCUGCUUCCAAUCCCCCAAGGUUCAGGUGCGUGCCUGUUGUCUGUGUGAGACAGCAGCAGCUGCCAGCCUCGCACUUCCCAGCUGGCGUGUUUGCUGCGUGCUGGUUUGUGACGACGAUCGCCCAUUCCCUCGCGCGCUCUUUUAUCCAAUUCCAACUCUGCAAUCUUCAGAUCCGCGUCGCAAUCGAACCUCAACUCAUCUCUUUCGUCCGUUCGGCGUGCCCUGUACUACCCUCAUCACUCUUGACCUUUGCAGAUACGUAAUAAUGGCUCCGCAAUCCGGUACGUUUGUAAACUCCCUUGGAAAAUCAAUGAACCUACCACCCUCGCAAAGCUCCGCUUGACAUCCGCCGCGAACCCCAUUCUGUCGCAACUCAUUCCCCCGUACCUUGUCUUGGGGGAAAAAAGCCAAUUCUCUCCCACCUCUUCACACUUGAUACGAUUGGAACAUCGCCAGAUAGCCCACGCACGCACAAUGCCUCCCAAAAAGAUCAUUCGAGCUAACCCGCCCGCGAUCGACCUCUCAGCGAUUCCGCCUUCCCUACCUCCCUCCGUCGAAGAGGCCUAUCGGCGAAAAUGCAUUCAGCUCAAGCAGCGCACUGGCGAGGUCGAGGAGGAAAACGACGCGACCCGAGUUCGCCUCGCCCGGAUCCGACGGCAAAUUGAGAAGCUGCGGAUGGAGAGAGCCUUCCUGCUCGAACAGCUGGCCAAGAGAACGAGCGCCAAUGUGGAGGAUUCAGACGGCAGCCCGAGCCCGCCCCCGACUCCGCAAGAAAAGCCUCUGCGUACGAAACGCGGUCACCGCAAGCCCUCCGUCCUGGCCGAGAUCGACUCGGCCGCAAAGGCCAACUCCAGGCCCCUCAGCCAGACCGCCGCCACCGUCUCACCCAGCUCCGAGACCUUCUCCCACACCCAGGGCGGCGACGCGACCCAGAACGCCGAUACCCAGGCGUCGGCCCGCACCAACGGCAUCGCGAAGCCGCCCAAGCGCCCCGGCAACGCGUUCGAGAUGUACUGCGCCGACACGCGGCCCGCUCUUGAGGAGAAGAACAAGGACGACGCCGAUGCCAACAUUGAGGAAGAGCUCGCCCGCGGUUGGAAGGAUCUCCCGGAGGGCGAAAAGGAGGAGUUCCAGACCCGCUCUGAGGAGGAGAUGGCCAAGUACCAAAAGGAAAAGGACGCAUUUGCGGCCAAGAGCAAGAGCGCAGAGGCCAAGGACGAAGAUGAUGAAGAGCGCGAUAAGUCACCAGAGCCCGCACCAGCUGCGUCACAGGACGAAGACGUGGAGAUGACCAACUACGAUACCGAGGAGCAGGCAGACGACACGCCCGCGGCCGACGACAAGGACGACAAGGCGGACGAUUGAUGAGCACGCAGCACAUCGUCCUUGUAAUCAGGUAUUAUGGCGUUGGGGAGGGACUUUGCGGGUAGAACAUUCUUUAUUUAUUUGUACAAUACGAGAGACACCAUAAUCGACU